CUUCACCUUUUUGGCGGUCCUUAUUUUCACCAUUUUUCAGAAAUUGCUGUCAAGUUUUGCGUCAAAAAUGGAUCCGAAGCGUCAACUUAAAAUAAAGACAGGUGUACUAAAAAGGUAUGUUUCUUUUGCGGAGAAUUUUUCACAAAUGCGACGUAUGUAUAAUAAUAAUACUCUGCCUUUUUUGGGUUGCACUAACUAAUAAUAACUUGCGCGUUAUAUUGAGGAUCGUUAUUAUUUGACUUACGCUUUAAGCUUAAUUUGUUUUUCAAACUUUGAUAAUCUUUCCUUCUUGUUUAACAUUCGAUUCCCAAGUAAGGGUGGCAAGCUAUGCCACCCUGUUUAACUGCCUUAAUUCCAUGGUCAGCAUCCAUUGUUUUCUUAUCAGCUGCGAUGGCCAUGAUCUUGACGUCCCUUUCGUUGAUCAAUCGAAAGUUGUCUUUUAGUUUGUCUUUUGUUUGUUAUUCCGUGUAAUUGCCAAAAGAAAAAAAGAAUAUUUCAUCAAAUGUUCUGGGGCUGAUAUGAAUUUCUUAAUGAUCCCAUUUUCUAUUAAGAUGGAUGUGAGGUUUGUAACUAUCAGCAAAGCUUUAUAAGCGUGAAUUUGAGUGAAAACCACCGCUUAUAAGAACUAAAAGAAGACAAUAGACCUUUGUCACGCGGUGAACGAGGCUAGCUGUGCGUAAACAAAGCUUUUUAAAUCUCCUGAGAUAAAAUGGCCGCCGCGUGACAAAGGUCUAUGGAGGAUGUUCCAUUUUUUAUCCGCACCCCCUAAAGAUGACUGAAAUCCAAACCCUCAAAUUUUUUUGGCACCUUUGAAAAAUUUGUCCAAGAGUCCAAAUUUGUCGACUUCUUUGAAGAGAAAAUCCGAACCCUCCUGUUCGAAAACCCAUCAUCCUUUGGGGGGAUAAAAAAUGGAAUGUCCCUAGUGCUUGUGCAUCUGUUAUGGAACACUUCACCCUGACAGCAGAGGCUUUCUUUCGCUUGCACAAUUUUUUCCUACUCGAGAAAGAGUCUGCAUAGAUCGAGUAAGAUCUUUGAUGAGCAUGUGCAGCAUGUUGGUGGGAUAUAGUCUUGAACCAGGUCUAGUUGCUUUGCACUUGUUACAGCGUGCUCGGUUGUGACCAUUAGUUUAUCAAGAAACGGAUGCUCACUCUUGAAUAAACCAGUUUGAUGACAGAAAACAAGAUGCCACCUCAAAGCCUUGACACCAUUUAGACAGAGCCUUUUUUCCCCUCACUCAAGAAGACAAAAGGAAGAUCUGCUUGCAGGGCAGGGAACACUUCAUCUGCUAGUGAGCUUUAUUUGAGACCUUCCAUUGUUUUUGAUAACUUUCGAACUAUGAAUAUUAUAGUUAUCCUCUUCAUACCCAACAUUCUGUUAUUCCAUUUAAUUGAUCACCUCAGACAUGUACACAUAGUACAAUGUUCUGUCAAAUCUCUUUAAUAAUAAUUAAAACCUAGACAGAAAACCAAAGGGACAGUAGCCUUUGAUACAGGCGUACUUGAUACAUGUAGGUGAGUGGCUUGUAUCUUUCAGCCACAACCUGUGAUUUGGAAAGCAGAGGAAGAUUGGGGAGAGUGGAACAAAUAAAGCAGCAUGCAAAGAAAGUUGUGUCCGAUAGACUGGGGCUAGUGGAUUUUACCAUCGGGCUAGUGAAUUCUGUUAUCUUAACUUGCCCGCCUGGCAACUGAAAUUUUUUAAGGAAUUCAAAUCACAUAAGAACUGUUAUCAACCCUGCUCAUCAUCAGGCUAGUUAAAAUGACUUUUGUGCUAGUACGUGCUAACUACAGCUUCCCCUAAUGGUAAGCUGUAAACUGACUUUCUUUGCACCCUGAUAGAGUGUAGGGAAGGUUAGGGGUUUAAGAAGAUAUGCCAUUUUCUUACUUGCUUUCUUUGCUUCUGUCUUUGCCAAGACACAACUGCAGUACUUGUGCAUCCUUAGAAAACUAGCAGUAACCAAUGUUUAGGAAGUGCGGGCAAACACGUGCUGUUACCUUAGAGAUGUGAUUAAUGAGAACCGGUUUCUAAUUUGCAGAUCAAGCAAGGAAAAGGUGAUGUAUGAAAAGGAAGUAGUAGAUCAAACAGCAAAAGUUGAGAAGAUGAAAGAAGAGAAAAAGGAUGAGCACGACAUUAAGAAACAGGUUUGUUGUGUGACAACAUUAGAAUUAUUGUGCGCCACAGUGAAGAAACUUCGUAUUUAUGCACAUAAAAACUCUUAUUUUCUAUCCUGUGUUAAUUAAUAAUAUUUCCUUAUGUGGAGUUUCUGUCAUUAUUUGCUUGUGAUGCUAUGUAGUUGAUUAAUCUAAGAAUACAUUAAUAACUUUUUAUUUCUAAAAUCUAUGAGUUCUUAAAGGCAUUAUUUUCCAAGAACAAUGUUCCUACAGUUCUUUAGUCUAAGACUAAUUGUGGCUUCAAUUAAAUUGCAGAUAGAAGUCCUUGAAGAGUCCAAAGUUAUGAUUCCAGAUUGCAAAAGGAGAAUUAAGACUGCCUAUUUAGACCUGCAGGAACUUGUGGUAAGUGAUAGUGAUUCAUCCAAUGAACAUUUUGAAACUUAUGCUAUAUAGCUUUCACCACACUCUGUGUGUAGUUCAUGAAAUUAUUAAUUCAUGAUUAAUAUCCAUUGUUAGUGGUUAAGACAUAAAUAGGAAAAUAUAAGUCCGCCGAGAGUGUGUUCUAUGCUAAAAAUCUAAAAAUCAUUGUCUUCCAGGCCCUGGAAAACUACUUAAAAAUUUCCUUUUCUCUUCACAUUACUGGAUUUUCAUAAAUAUUUUAUUGCUGGAUGGGUAUGUAGUGUCAUAUAGGAUGCAGUGUAGGAUGGGAACUGUUAAUUUCUUGAGGAAAACUACUGUCAAAUUUACGUAUUUAAAGCCUUUUACAAAAUAGUGAAAGGUUUGUGUUCAGUGUUCUGUUUUUCUUUUUUUUUUUUCAUAUUGCACCUUGAAAAACGUCUGGUAUUUCAUUCAUUCUCCCUCACUGAGAAACUUCCAGAAAUACUGAGUUGAAUUUGUUGCAACAUGCAGUGUGACAGUCAAGAAAUGGCAAGUUAAUAAUUUAGGUAGAAAUUGAUGGAUGAAAAGCAACAAACCACUAACACACUUGAUUAUUUUUUCUUUCUUGACUUUAGACUAAAACAGAGAAUGAUCUAGGUGAUACAGAAGAAUACAAAACUGCCAAGCAACUUUUGGAAGAAACCAAGCUAGAAGAUUAACUACCUGACAAGAAAAUUGAACUAAUAUACGCCAUCUCUUCUUUUUACAGUGUGAAAAUACUAAAAAGAGUACGCAGUUUAUCACAGGCAAUAUAUAAGGGUAAAUGUAUAUUGUUCACUUCAGUGAAGGUGGACACAUGUUAGAGUGUUAAAAAUACUUGAUCAAACACAGAAAAAGGUUGGCUUUUUAACUUUAACUUAUAAUGGAAAAAUAUAGUCAACUCUUUUGCUAAGAUGGACACUGUCUCGUUGAUCUGCACUUUUUGUUUUCUAGAGAUAGCCUGCAUAAAAUGCCUUUUGUUCUCACUUUUCAACCAAGUGAGGAACACUAGACACGUGUGACAGGGUAAGGCAUAGAAAAAAAAUGUUUUUCCCCCAUUGUGCAUGUGGCACUUCUUGCUCACUUCACGAAUGCCUUUGCUUUCCUGUAAUACACGAAAAAAUAAUGCCUGUUCUGCAGGCUGGAACUUGUUUUGUUUGAUAGAUCAGUUACUGCAGAUGGACAAGGCAAAGACAGUGUAAGAUACAAUUAUAGUGUAGAGAGGAAUAAUUAAACAGUGCAAACGGCCCGUACUUUGGUGGACACCAGAGUUUGUGACUGUUCAUAGCCUUUCUCUUAUCCAUGGUCUUUUGAACUGUUUAAGGUCGAAAAAUACCCUAAAACGAGGAUCGUUUUGAAAAUUUUCGAAAGUGGCAGCUAAACCUAAGGUUAUGGAAAACUUGAAAAGGUCAUGGAAAAAGUCAUGGAAUUUGAAGAGCUCAAAUGAGUAUGAACCCUGUUAAUCAAGGUUGCAGUACGUGCUAUCAGCCUUGACCUUUGGCUCAGCUGAUAACACUUACCUCAACCUUGAUUAUUGCCGAUAUCACAAAAACCUCAUCCAAUAAUUGUUUAUUAUUGUUCAUCAGAAAUAACAGGGUAUACCCAGCCAAUUGAUAAUCAAGUAAGACUGGAAAAAUCUCUUUAUAAGAAUUCCAUUUGUUUUUCAUCUGCAUGCAUGAAGUAAUAUUAACGUUUGAGUUUUGUUGACUGUGGACCACUUUUAUUAAUAUUUUAGAACACUCAUUUUGUGGUAUGAUUUACAACAACAACAGAGAAAAACGUAUCUUUAAAAAAAAAAAAAGUUGUCGGUGGAUGACUGCUGCAUUACAAGUCUACUAAAACGCUAAUAUUUUUAUUUGUCAUAUUGUUCUGUGAUUGAUCAAACAUUUUCCAUGAUUGAUUAUCACUUAUAACAUAGCUAGAAAAUUCGCCUAAUCAAAUUCAAUAGCGCGAGCGUGCUUCAUAUUCCUAUUGAGCACGCUGAUGACGUCAAUAAACUGUUCGUAAUUCCUCGAGUUGUUGUGAGCUUAGCAAUCCUGAGUCUCCUGAGUGCAUCCAUAACUCAGCAAUAGACAAUGAAGCGUUUACCAUGUGUUUUGUAAAGAAAUUUAAGAGGAAACGUUUGAAUUUGUUAACCGAUAGUAAGGAAAAGAGGUGAGUGUUGUUGUUGUUGUUGUCAUCUCCGCGAGCUGUGCGGGCUAUGGCGUGAGCUCAUUCUUUGCAAAGUUGUUUUCUCUCAAUAACAAUUUUUCGGUAAAUUAAUAGUUUUCCGGCACCUAAAUAUGGAUUUUACAAUCAUUUUAGAGUACACUUUCUCUCAGUUUCAGGAUAAAAACAUAAGAUUAACUGUGAGGAAAAAAGAUAUAUUCACGUAAACAUUGACGCGUACUGCUUUGAGCGCGCCCUUCAAUAAUAAAAUUUUCAGUUAACUGCUGCAUUGAUCGCUUUGAUAAUGUUAUAAAACAAUUAGUUCAUGCUGCAGCUGUGCGUAUGUCGAGAUAUUGAGCACUUGGGAAGUUUGGAGAGCACUCAAGAGGCUAGAGUUGCACUCGGCUGCGCCUCGUGCAACUCUUACGCCUCUUUCGUGCUCUCCAAACUUCCCGCGUGCUCAAUAUCUCGACAUACGCACGCUGACGCAUGAACUAAUUGUUAAUUCUUUAAGGGUUUUCAAUCAAUGAUUGAUUUUAAUCAAUGAUCAGCACAUCACUUCUUGUAGGUAUGACAAAGAAACAUUCUUCCUCAUCAACAAUUUCUUUAGAGUUACACAGCUUUCUGAAGCCAUCUGAAACCCUUCCUCAGUGAUGCUUGAGGUUACUGUAGGUGUCCAUUUUGGAAGAUGUCAAUCUCAUAUCGAUGUAGGCAUUUGUUAACAGAGAGUUGGCUCAAUAAAAUUUUAUGUUUGUGUAGUAGUGGAGAGAAGGAGAGAAGUUGUGGUAAGAGAGAACUCUACUCACAUAAAAACAUCGCUCCUCAAUUCUCAUGAUAACCUGUGCACUGAGACAACCAAGAGAAGUUUUAAGCUAAUCACUGUUAUUUAAGUAAGAUCAAUCAUAAAAUGUUCUAGUUUGUACUCCUCUGUAGCUGUUAAAUUAUUAUUAAUAAAUUAUUAUUAAUAUUAUGGAACCUUUGGAAAUAAACUAUGAAAUAUACAGC